ACCCGGGAACUCAAACCCCCCCCCCCACUUUUUAUUUAUAUAGUUACCGAUGCGAAUUGGGUAUUCUCGGUGAGGUUCUUGCCUGCUCCAUCGUCUCUCUUUCAAUGAAGAACAGACAUGACCACCAAACCCAAGCCUGAGUGUUGUAUGUGUGGCGAUUGCGGCUUCUAUGAGGAGCUUUUUCAGUGCAAAGUCUGCCAAUUCAGAUCUCAGCACAGAUACUGCAGUAACCUUUACCCGAAAGUAGACGCCAAUGGAACUUGCAAUUGGUGUUUGGCCCAGAAGGAUGAUGUUAAAGAAAAGUCACUCAAUUCUUCGAAUUCCUCUUCAUCCUUUAGAAAUAAUGGGAGCGCGGGUGAUGACGGCAAGAACAGGAGGAUCAAGAACAGCAACGUAAAUUCACACAAGAUUGGUGGUAAGAAGGGUGAGGUCCAUGCGAAGAAUAAAGGCAUCCAGAAACGGAGGUCGCCGGAGGCGAGAUCACCGUCGUCGUCUCCAUCGGUGGUGGUAUCGACGCGGAAGAGGAUCGUGACAAACGGCGGUUUAGAGGAAAGGCUGAGGAGAACCAAGUCUGAGGAUAUACCCAACACAAGCAGGAUCGUCACGAGGCAGGUCUUCAGGAACAAGGUGAGAAGGUACAAGCUUUUGGAUGAAGUUUCUAGUUGAAUAAACCAGUUUUUAAAAUUAGAGAGUUUUCAGCAAGAGACGAUGGAGUCUUAAAAACAAGGUCAAUGCUUUUUUGUUUCUUCUGGGUUUUUCCUUGAAACUCCUAGUCCAGGCACAAUGUAUAGAUUACAAAACACACAGGCGAAGGGAAACGGGACGAUCGAUCAAUGUAAUGUUUCUGUUUUGACUCGUCAAUUUUUACCAGACCAUGAAUGACCUGUCCAUUCCA